CCAACGUUUUGGGUUAUUCAUCAGGGUUCAUCCACAACUUUUUUUCUAAAACAUAUUUUUUCUCAACAGGAGAAAUGUCUACCAACAUCUCUGUGGACCCGGUGGAUUUAAACACCUCUGACACCAACCAGAUGUGUGACGUCUUUGUCUACCAGAGAGCUGCCUUGAUCAUCUUCCCAAUCUUCUACUCUCUGGUGUUCCUCAUCAGUGUCUGUGGCAACUGCCUUGUCCUGUAUGUGACCUGUCAGAAGAAGCAGAAGUUCAACUCCACGUCUCUUUACCUGGUCAACCUGGCUGUGUCUGAUGCAUUGUUCACAUUGGCACUGCCAGGGAGAGUCACUUACUACAUCAGACAGUUUGACUGGCCCUUUGGGGAUUUGCUCUGCAGGCUGGCUACUAUGUUGUUCUUUUCAAACACAUACUCAGGAAUUGCCUUCAUGACAUGUAUCAGUCUAGACCGGUACCUGGCCAUGGUCCACCCCCACCGGCUACAGUACCUGCGGAGUGUCAAAGUGGUGCGAGCGGUCUGCUGCCUCGUCUGGCUACUGGUGUGUCUGGAAACCGCCCCCCUGCUCUUCCGUACCAUGCUCCAUGACCACAGAGGCCGACAAACCUGCAUGGAGUACUUCACCUUUGAGGGUACUCGCUCCACCCCUUAUCUUCUAUUCCUGGCCUGUACGGUUUCCUUCUGUCUCCCCCUACUGGUCAUCAUUGUGUGUUACACCCGGAUCAAUCUCAAACUGAGUCGCACGGCCAAACAGAACCCACUGACGGGCCGCUUGGGUCGUAGCCGAAGAGCCAACAAUAUCAUCCUCCUCAUCCUCCUCACCUUCGUCCUGUGCUUCAGCCCCUACCACCUCAACAUCAUGCAGUUCAUGCUGAGGAAGAUGCUGGGCCAGCCCAAGUGUGACGAGAUGCGGGAAUUCAAGGCUUCCCUACAGGUGACUGUCUCCAUGAUGAACCUUAACUGUUGUCUGGACCCUGUCAUCUACUUCUUUGCCAUUAAGACGUACAAGCAGAGGGUGAUGAGUCUGUUCAAGGGCUACCUUUCUACCCCUGCUCCUUUCUCCAAAACCGCCACCGACAACAGCAGCAGCAACACCUAAACAUCAACACCAGUAGGAAGAGAUUGUGGUAGUUCUUUAUUAAACCAGAAAGAAGUUGAGGAAGCUAUUGAAGGUGAUUGCACCUAGUUGAUUUAUGCAUCUAGGGUUUGAUUUGAGGUGUUACAUUUGUGUAAGAAACUGAGAAUUUUGUUUUGCGAUAGUGAGCAAAGAAUUAUCAGGCUGUAACCAUUGCUUGGGUGCUAGACCAUCUAAAGCUUUGUUCACACUGCAGGCCUUAAUACUCAAAUCCAUUUAGUUUUUCAAAUCCAUUUUGGAAUACUGACUGUACAAACAGCAAGUUACAAGUGACCAAAUCGGAUUUGUGUGUGUUCAGACUGUAGUCAAUUGCUUACAUUGUUACUCAAGUUGUCAUUGUAAUUGCGGGUGUGUGUCCAGUUGUUGUGUACUGGUAUUAAGUUAAGGUGACUGACAACAAUGCCUGCCAUGGAAGUCUCCCAGUUGCUUUGAAUGUCUAAAAUCAUAGCGUAAGAACACUUUUAAAGCCUCAAAGGAUAAGGUGAUCCAACUUUCAGAACUAGUCAUUUUUGGCUAGCCAAAGCAGUCAACAAGCUUGCUAGGUAGCUGUUUAGCUUGCUAGCACAAAUCACUAAUGUGUUUGUAAACAAUUAACAAGCUAGAUAGCUACCACAUGUUGUUGUCAAACUGUCAACCGAGAAGCCUGCAAACUACACGAUACGCCAAAUAACAGUAAAAAAUACUAGAAGGCAAAUAAAUCAGAGUUGACUGUUCAGACACAAGUCACAUCAUUUACAAAUAUGGUCCAAAUUGGGUCUUGAAAUAUCCAAUUUGAUGUGCUUUUUGUCUGUUCAGACUGCAGAAAAAAGAAUAUAUUAAAAUCAGAUAUGCAUUUUUUUUGUCACUUCAAACCAGUGUGAACAAGGCUUAAUAAGAUGCAAUUAAUAUGGAGCAGCCUGAUUUUGAGCUCAGCUUGAACUAUCAAAACUGCAAACUCAGCCUAAAGGCAAAGGUCACUUAUCGCUUAUAUUUAAGGCAGGGGAGCAUAUUGACAUGGGGUCCAUAUCAAAUUUACCAAUUAAUUAACUUCAAAUCACUCCAUAUGUGUUUCUUUAUUUACGUAAUGCCUAUACAGUUGGUGUAAAUGGUUUACACUGUACAUAUCCCAUUAUGUGUUUUAUAUUGCUAUGCCCUGUCUAAGCUGGGAGGGGGGCUACUUACUAAGCAAUAUGGAAUUACUUUAAGCAGGUCAUACCAUGGAACAUUUUGUUACUUGAUUUCGAAUUAGAUUUUUUUAUAUAAAAAUGAUUUGAUGAAGAAGAAAGCAUUGGCCUUACUGCUAUUAGCCCAUACAAACACAUUGAUUCACUACAUGGAACAACAGAUAGUCCCCCACCAAAGAAAUAAAAAGGAAGUUUGUUCUUAAGUGUCUGUCCUAUACCUUUAACAUAUAAGAACAAUCUGGAAACAUUUUUACAUGUAUUUAACCCUAUAUUUUUGGCACUAAACAUACUCCAUCCUUAUAUGUUAAAGGUAUAGGACAGACACUUAAGAACAAACUUCCAUACAUGUUUUCGACUGGUACCGGGGGACAUUCAGACAAGCCUUGUGAGGCCUGUGGAAAUCCUACAAAAACAACCCAUAUGUAUGUGUUCAUGAGAGUCUCACCUUUACACAGAUGGUGAAAACUGUUCGAAAGCUACAGACGGAGGUUGGCAGAUUGGCUGUAUCAACUUCUGAUGCUUGUGGGGGUUGUAGAGCAAAACAGAGAACACCAUAGUGUUCAUGAGAGACCCAUCUUUCCAUAGAG